CCCCGCCUUCCCUCCGGUGGCGAGUAUGUUGUGACAGGUUUUCGUGUGCGUGUUUGUGUGUAUGUGCGUGUUGAUAUUGAAGAAUGGGGAAAUGAAAAAGAGCCCCCUUCCUGGUUGCCGUUUGCUCCUUCCUACCCGGUUUUCCGCCUUUGGAAGGACUGACAACUCAACUUCCAAAGCCAGAGUCCCCUUUCACGAUCGCAGUGAGUCAUGACAUCGGAGGAGGGGAAAGGUGCCUGCGUAACGAUGGAGAUCGGCGAGGCGUACAGGAACCCCACGGAAGUCACGAUGAGUCAGAUCGUGCUGCCCUGCCACUCCAAUCACUGUGGCGAGCUGAGCGCCGGACAGCUGCUCAAAUGGAUGGACUCCACAGCCUGCCUGUCAGCUGAGAGACACGCAGGCUGCUCCUGUGUCACCGCCUCUGUCGAUGACAUCCACUUUGAACACACCAUAGGGGUGGGAAAUGUAGUCACCAUCAUCGCCAAAGUCAACAGAGCCUUCACAUCCAGUAUGGAGGUUGGCAUAAUGGUGACAUGCGAGGACCUCUACACUGACACUCAUUGGAGGGUUUGUCAAGCCUUUGCUACUUUUGUGGCCAGGAGAAGGGAAACGGGAAAGGUGCAACUGAAGCAGCUGACCCCUCAAACACAAAUGGAGCAGAUGGAGUACAGCCUGGCGGCAGAGAGGAGGAGAAUGAGGCUCAUCCACGCCGAGAUUAUCACAGACCUGCUGAGCAGCAGCACGGCACAGCUGGGAGAGUGCCGGGAGUACCAGGACGCCGUGCCAGCCGAGCGCACCCGAGUGGAAAGUGUGGAGCUGGUGCUUCCGCCCCACGCCAACCAUCAAGUCAGCACCUUUGGCGGCCAGAUCAUGGCUUGGAUGGAGAAUGUUGCCACCAUUUCGGCAAGUCGCUUGUGCAACGCCCAUCCCACCUUGAGGAGCAUUGACAUGUUCCAUUUUCGUGGGCCGUCCCACAUCGGUGACCGACUGGUACUGAAGUCCAUCGUGAACAAUGCCUUCAAGCACAGCAUGGAAGUGGGAGUGUGUGCUGAGGCCUACCAGGGUGGAGAGCCUCAGCGUCAUAUAAAUAGCGCCUUUAUGACCUUUGAGGUUCUGGAUGCUGAUCGGAAACCACGCACGCUGCCUCGGAUAAGACCCGAGCCUGUGGAUGGCAAACGGCGUUAUCAAGAAGCUAUUGCCAGGAAGAAGAUCCGCCUCGAUAGGAAAUACAUCAUCUCCUGCAAGCAAAAUGAAGUGCCCCUGUCUGUACCCUGGGAUCCAAGUAACCAGAUGUACUUGAGCUACAAUAAUGUCUCCGCUCUGAAACUGAUGGACACCAUAAACAACUGGGUGUUGACCUCGGAAAAAAACAAAGUCAGACUGUACACGCUGGAGGAGAACCAGACGCUGUGCUUCAAAGUGGAGAUGAACGUGAGCGUCUCAGCCGAGCAGACGUUCCACCUCCUCUCCGACCUCAGGAGGAGAAAAGAGUGGGACCGCCAUUAUCAGGCGUGUGAGGCGAUCAUGAAAGCGGACGAAGACGACACCAUUUAUCGCGUCAGGACGCCUUCCAUCCGAAAAGGGGGCAAAGGUCAGGACUUUAUCUUGCUGGCGUCUUGUCGGAAACCAUGUGAUGUCAGGGACCCAUAUCUGAUCGCCCUACGCUCUGUCACACUGCCCACUCACCCUCCAACUGUGGACUACAACAGGGGAGAGGUUCUCUGCGCCGGCUUCACAAUCUUGGAGGAGUCCAGCGCUGUCACCAAGGUCACCUACUACAAUCAGGCCACACCAGGAGUUCUUCCCUACAUCUCGACAGACAUUGUUGGACUCUCCUCCUCUUUUUCCAGCGCUUUUUCCGCCUGCAGUGACUUCCUUGAGGCCAAUAAGGACAGCUCGGCCACUUCAGCUCCACAGACCAAAAAUGCAGCAAAUAUGCCUCCUCUGCCAAAGGAACUGUAAUAUUCUGUCUUUUGCAUUCAUAUUGUGGUUUUGUGAUACGCAUGUGUGACAGUGGGAUUUUUUUUUUUUCACGGUUUUGACUUUUUUUCCCUCCGUGUUGCGGGCAUUUGUCGUAAAGGGCCAUGGAAAUGCAACGUGUGUGUGGUCAAACCUGGUACUUGUUUCAAGGGCAUAGGAUCAAAAGUUAUUACGCAAGAUUGCACGAGGAUGUUACCUCGUGAUGAAACCCUUAAUGUCUUAAGCGUUUCAUCACAACCGAGUGGAAGUCUGGAAAAUUGAAAUUGCGCAAGAAUGAAUAAUCCAGUAGAUUAUAUUUUCCUAUUACAUUUAUUUUUUCGGACAAUUUCUGUAAUUUCUGUUUGUGCUUGUUACUGGCACGUGUGUUUAGUUUGAGCAUGAGUAGCUCUCCUGAGAUGCUGUGUUGAUACACUGCAACAAUAAACAGUAGACAAGCUG